CCCUCACCUCCCACCUCCCCCCCCCCAAUCCGCGCGCAACCUCCACCACGAUGAAAUGGCCCACCCCCUCCUCCUUCACCUCCCCGUCACCUCCUCCUCCAGACGAACCAACGGGCUUCUUCUCGCGCCGCGUCCGCUUCUACCAGCACACGUACACGUUCCGCGAGCUGUCUCUGGCGUGCGGCGCGGCGGGCGUGCUGGUUCUCGCCGGCUCCCACGUGUUCAGAAACUACUUCCGCCGCGUACCCACCGCGAAUCAUAUCGCACACCACUUUUUGAGGAAGCGCAGUCUUCUAGGAAGGGUCACGAGUGUGGGCGAUGGAGAUAAUUUCAGGAUUUAUCAUACGCCCGGCGGCUGGCUCCUCGGCUGGGACUGGCUGCGGCCGAUCCCGUCAGUGCGGAAAGACCUGAAGGACCAGACGGUGCAUGUGCGGCUUGCGGGGGUUGACGCGCCAGAGUGUGCGCACUUCGGGCACCCCUCGCAGCCGUACAGCAGCGAGGCGCUCGCAUGGCUGAAGGAGUAUGUGGGCGGGCGGCGGGUGCGCGCGUACAUCCACAGCAAGGACCAGUACGAAAGGGUUGUUGCGACGGUGUAUGUCUGGAGGGGAUUGUGGAGGAGGGAUGUAGGCCUCGAAAUGCUGAAGGCCGGGAUGGCGGUGGUUUAUGAGGCGAAGGGAGGCGCGGAGUUUGGCGGCAGAAGGGUCCAGUAUGAUGCUGCUGAGGCUAGGGCGAAGCACGCGAAGCUGGGCCUCUGGAAACAGGCGAAGAAGAAGAGGGUCUCGCCCGGGAUGUUUAAGAAGUCGAUCAGGGAGGGGAAUUCGUAGGCGGGCGUGGGCGUGGGCGUCGGCGUGGGC